GCCGAAUGAGAAACUUGAGCCAUCACUUCUUUCCAUUCAACCACAGCCUGCUCUCGAAAUCUCACUAUGUCUUGCCACAACUACUGCUCUGGAAACUACAGCUUGGGAUCCUCCGGAAAUCUCUGUCAUAUUUCUCUUCCCUCCUCCAUUGCCCUCUGCUCUACCAAUGUGAGCUGUGGAGAUGUCCUCUGCUUGCCCAGCAGCUAUCCCGACCAGACCUUGCCCCUGAACAACUGCCAAGAGACCUGCAGCGAAUCUACCAGCUGUCAGCCAGCCACCUGGGAGCCCAGCCUCUGUGAGACUUCCAGCUGCCCUUCCACUGCUUGCUAUGUGCCCAGACCCUGCCAAGGGACCAACCUUCUUCCUGCUUCUUACAUCUCUGGCUCCUGCCUCCCAGUGUCCUGCAGACCUCUGAGCUAUGCGUCCAGCAGCUGCCGACCCCUGAGCCUCCUCACCUAUGGAUGCUGCCCCUUGAAUUGCUUGCCUUGUGGUCCUCAACCCCUUAGUGUUGUGUCCAGCAGCCUCAGACCUCUGCGUCCUCUCUUCAGUGGAUGCCAACCUCUGACACAAGUGUUCAGUCCUUGUCGUCCAUCCUGCUCUGCAUUGGGAGGCCAGUAGCUUCCUUGUUCCAGCUAAUAAUCAUGCUGAGGAUGAAAGGCAGAAAUUCAAACUCCAUGGAUUUUUGCUUCUUUCCUGGCAGUGACUACUUUUCCUGGAUUUUCCUGUGCCUGAUCUAAGGAAAGCUGCUCCUUCCACAUGUUUAUCUUUUUUCAUCUCUCCUUGACCUAAAAUUAUUUGGCGUACAAUGCUGUUCAGUGUCACCUAGGUGUGGGAAGAAUUUAUUUGGUUUGCGUUGUAAUAAAUGAGCUUAAGUCAGAAU